CCCAAAGCCGCAGCCCUCUCUCUCUCUCCCCCAGGGCCCCUUACCGCCUGCCUCAAUCUACCCACGGCACCACUCGGGGCAUUUUGGGGCUUUGUUCACAAGGUUUUUCGUCAUGGAUUUGCUGGCCAGCUCUCGAGGAAUUCCAUUUCUUGCGUGUUGAUAGUCUCCGAGCCACCCAGUCCCCGUGACUCGUGAUCAUAGCAUCAGGAGAGGGCAAAUGAAGAUGUUUUGGAGUUUUCAUUGGCAGUUUUUUGGAGGGUCAGUUUCAAAGUGCAAGAGCUUUUGGUUCUUUUCUUGUCUUAAAAUGUGUUCGCAUGAUUGUAUUGCUGCAUAACAAUUGAAGAUAAAUUUAGUAUUUUAAUAUUUUUUGAAUUUUUUUCCUCACAAUAUUUACUUUUUUAAUGCCUUGAUGGUGGCCAGCAGAUAGAGACAAGAGCAGAUACAGCGGUGCAGAUCGAGGCGUGAGGCUCUACAGUUCCCUGCCCAUGCGCCCCAACCCCGACGCCAAGAGACUGCCAUCCUCAGGGUUUGAUGGUGACAACAUGUACAUGAAUGAAAACAGCCAUGAGUUCCUCCCGCCCGGCCAGAACUACACAGCUCAGACUGGCGGCGGUAGCGGCAACAACGGCGGAGGAGCAGGAGGCGGCGGUGGCGGCGGAGGAGGCAACGGUGGCAGCGGUGGCGGAACGGCCAGCGGCAACGGAGCCGGCGACGAAGACUACGAGAUCCCACCCAUCACUCCACCUAACCACCCGGAACCUCCCCUCCUUCACCUGAUGGAGCAUGACUCCACAGGCUACCUCUGUCACUCGCUGUCGCACAAUGGCCUCAUCAACCCUUAUUCCUACCCGGAGCUGCCCACCUUGAUGAUGUCCAACAUGCUGGCGCAAGACGGCCAGCUGGUCUCCGGCCAAAUGCACUCGAUGCACGAGAUGGCUUUGCACCACCACCACCACCUCCACCAACAACACCAUCACCCCCACCAGCAGCACCACCCAGACGGCGUUCGUUACGACCCCGCCGGUCACCACCCCCUGAUUAACCGAUCGCCACCGAUAUUGGGCAACCCAAUGAGCGCGCUGUCCCAGCUGAACCCUCAGCUGGGCCGGAGCGCACUGCCUCACGGUUCCCCCUCACCUCCCGGAAGCAAAUCUGCCACGCCCUCCCCCUCAAGCUCCAAUCAGGAGGAGGAGACCGAUCCUCAUUCAAAGAUGGCGGGUGAAAAACGGUCAUCCUCCGAGAUGAUGAAGCCCAAACCCAAACCGCAGAAGAAGAAGAAAAAGAAGGACCCCAACGAGCCCACCAAGCCCGUGUCAGCGUACGCGCUGUUCUUCAGGGACACCCAGGCGGCCAUUAAGGGGCAGAAUCCCAAUGCCACGUUUGGGGACGUGUCCAAGAUUGUCGCUUCUAUGUGGGACGGCCUCGGAGAGGAGCAGAAACAGAACUACAAGAGGAAAACAGAGGCGGCUAAAAAGGAGUACCUGAAAGCCUUGGCUGCCUACAGAGCCAGUCUGGUUUCUAAGACGUACAACGACCCCGUGGAGCCAAAAAGUGCCCAAACAAGCCAAGCGUCUCCUCACAUGCUUUCCGCCAAUCCCUCCCUGUACAGCGUGCCACCCCCGCCUCAGCCUUCGUCCCCCUACCUGGGCCCGGGGGCCUUCCCCCUCGCCGACCUGCAGAGCUACGCCGGCCACGCCCCCCGCCACGCCCUCUCGCAGACGCUCAGCCAAUCGCAGAUGCUGCCCAGCAUUAGUGCCUCUCCACCCUCCUCCUUCCAGAUCAGCCCGCCGCUCCAUCCCCAUCAGCAGCUGUCCCUGCACCAGAGCUCGCUGCUCAACCAGCCAAUCCGCAUGCAACAGGUCCAGUCGCAGCCAAUCAUCUCCCACCAGAUGGGCCUGCAGGCCUCCCUUCAUUCCCCGCCUCCUGGCCAGCAGGGCUUUUCCCACCUCCAGUCGGAGUAUCAGAAGAGCAUCGGGGGACCACAGUCUCCAGGGGGGUCUGGGGGUCCCGGUCCAGGUCCGGGGGUUCCUCCAUGCCACGACUGGGACGGGGAAUACUGUAAUCGGGAGUGCAGCAACCACUGCAGCGGCAACAUGAUAGGCAGGGACAAGCCCCUCUACCUCACCUGAGCCACCACCGGGACGUCAAAAGUGGCCACCGAUGGGCCCGACCGACCAUCUCUUCUCUCCCUUCCCUCCUCUCUUACAUAAGUGUACAUACGUGUACUUAAACAUACAAACACGCCGCUCCACGCUAUCGUUUCCUCUCGUUGUUGAACUUUUUCAGAGGGACCAGCUGAGCGGUGGGGAAGGGGCGACUUCCUGCAUAAGCACUUACGAAGCCCCCACCCCCCCACCCCCUUUCUGGUGAGGACAGGUUGUGGAGCACUUGUCCUUUUUGUCCCCUCAGGGACCCCAUCCAGCUUUAAUUGGAGAAACUUUGUUCUUGUCGUUGUCGUUGUUGUUACUCGUUUUAUUUAUUUCUGCCUUGCUUUCCCCCCCACCUCUGCUCUCAGAAAAUAUUUACUCCCACUUUGACGUUUGCAUUUGCUUAAAGGGGACAUAUUGUGGCCAUGUUUGAAUUUUUCAUGUUUGUAUACAGAUAGUUGGCUCUCUGGAGUGCCUGUCCACCCAUUAAGUGAGAAAUGAAAUGACAAAGUGAGUCUUAAUUGUAUAUUUGACAAUGUGCCUGAGCGAGCCCAUCCAUAGAUACAUCUGCCCCACUGUGAUGUCACAAAGUGGCUAAUUUGCAUAACCUCUAUAUUAAAUUUCUCAACCAAUGACGUAGCAGAUUAGCAUUAGCACCCUUACACACUAAAAGAUGUUGGGUUCUUUCCUAACCUAUUCGAUGUUCGGGAAGAUACAUGAUAUGUCUCCUUUAAGGGCCCGCAAAGAGUUACAAAAAAAUAUAAUGUCCUUUUUUUCAGUUUUUAUCCUUAUAUUUAAAUAUUAAAGACCCGUGGAGGUCCAAUGAGCUGUCACACAGUGUGAUUGUAAAUACAACUUUUAUGGGAUCAAAUAUGGAAGUUCACGUAGGGUUCUUCGUCUUUAAAAAAAAAAUUUGUGUCAGUCAUUGAGAGCGCGUUUGCGUGUGUUUACUUUUUUUUAGGCUGGAUUCAACACACAUUUCAUGACAUGCAAGGACAUAAAAAAAUAAAAGUAAUAAUAAUAAUAAUAACCUAAUAAAACAUUGCCUUUAGUAAGUCAUAUGAAAAAUAUAAUUUUGUCCCCUCUGUGACGUCAGUUUUAGACUUUAAAGUAUUUUUAUUUGACUUUUUUUUUCAUAGAUUUCUGGUUGUGUUGAUAUUUUUUACCUCCUGUGUGAUGGACAUGAAAUAAAUUUUACAGAAAAACUCGCCUGACCAUUUUAAGUUGUACAAAAAAAAAA